GAGAGGCAGAAAAAAGAAACAACACCCGACAACUAGAAGGGGGGGAAGAAAGAAAGAAAAGAAACCCACCCACCCACUCAAAAAAAAAAAAAAAAAAAAAUCUGUGGCGCGCCGCCUGGUUCCCGGGAAGACUCGCCAGCACCAGGGGGUGGGGGAGUGCGAGCUGAAAGCUGCUGGAGAGUGAGCAGCCCUAGCAGGGAUGGACAUGAUGCUGUUGGUGCAGGGUGCUUGUUGCUCGAACCAGUGGCUGGCGGCGGUGCUCCUCAGCCUGUGCUGCCUGCUACCCUCCUGCCUCCCGGCUGGACAGAGUGUGGACUUCCCCUGGGCGGCCGUGGACAACAUGAUGGUCAGAAAAGGGGACACGGCGGUGCUUAGGUGUUAUUUGGAAGAUGGAGCUUCAAAGGGUGCCUGGCUGAACCGGUCAAGUAUUAUUUUUGCUGGAGGUGAUAAGUGGUCAGUGGAUCCUCGAGUUUCCAUUUCAACAUUGAAUAAAAGAGAUUAUAGCCUCCAGAUACAGAACGUGGAUGUGACAGAUGAUGGCCCAUACACAUGUUCUGUUCAGACUCAACAUACACCCAGAACAAUGCAGGUGCAUCUCACUGUGCAAGUUCCUCCGAAGAUUUACGAUAUCUCAAGCGAUAUGACCAUCAAUGAAGGAACCAAUGUCACCCUCACUUGCUUGGCCACUGGGAAGCCAGAGCCCUCCAUUUCUUGGCGGCACAUCUCCCCAUCAGCAAAAUCAUUUGAAAAUGGACAAUAUUUGGACAUUUAUGGAAUUACAAGGGACCAGGCUGGGGAAUAUGAAUGCAGUGCGGAAAACGACGUGUCGUUCCCAGAUGUGAAAAAAGUAAAAGUUGUCGUAAACUUUGCUCCUACGAUUCAGGAAAUUAAAUCGGGCACUGUGAUCCCCGGUCGCAGCGGAUUGAUAAGGUGCGAAGGUGCAGGUGUGCCGCCUCCGGCCUUUGAGUGGUACAAAGGAGAGAAGAAGCUCUUCAAUGGCCAACAAGGAAUUAUUAUUCAAAAUUUUAGCACAAGAUCCAUUCUCACUGUUACCAACGUGACACAGGAGCACUUCGGCAACUAUACUUGUGUGGCUGCCAACAAGCUCGGCACAACCAAUGCGAGCCUGCCUCUUAACCCUCCAAGUACAGCCCAGUAUGGAAUUACCGGGAGCGCUGACGUUCUUUUCUCCUGCUGGUACCUUGUGUUGACACUGUCCUCUUUCACCAGCAUAUUCUACCUGAAGAAUGCCAUUCUACAAUAAAUUUAAAGACCCAUAAAAGGCUUUUAAGGAUUCUCUGAAAGUGCUGAUGGCUGGAUCCAAUCUGGUACAGUUUGUUAAAAGCAGCGUGGGAUAUAAUCAGCAGUGCUUACAUGGGGAUGAUCGCCUUCUGUAGAAUUGCUCAUUAUGUAAAUACUUUAAUUCUACUCUUUUUUGAUUAGCUACAUUACCUUGUGAAGCAGUACACAUUGUCCUUUUUUUAAGACGUGAAAGCUCUGAAAUUACUUUUAGAGGAUAUUAAUUGUGAUUUCAUGUUUGUAAUCUACAACUUUUCAAAAGCAUUCAGUCAUGGUCUGCUAGGUUGCAGGCUGUAGUUUACAAAAACGAAUAUUGCAGUGAACAUGUGAUUCUUUAAGGCUGCAAUACAGCAUUCAGUUCCCUGUUUCAAUAAGAGUCAAUCUACAUUUACAAAGACACAUUUUUUUUUCUUUUUUGAUAAAAAAGCAAAUAAUAUUGCCUUCAGAUCAUUUCUUCAAAAUAUAACACAUAUCUAGAUUUUUCUGCUCGCAUGAUAUUCAGGUUUCAGGAAUGAGCCUUGUAAUAUAACUGGCUGUGCAGCUCUGCUUCUCUUUCCUGUAAGUUCAGCAUGGGUGUGCCUUCAUGAAAUAUUUUUCUCUUUGUCUCCAACUAAUAUAAAACAUUUUGCUAAAUCCUACAAUUUGUAAGGAAAAAUAAACCACAAUGAUAAAGUUAAACUAUACCCUAUCUCCAAAGAACAAAGGAGUUAUUGGAUUGUAUUCCUUCAUGAUCAGUGGGGUUUGAGAGUUUUGCCCCACAAUAACUCCGUUCUUGGAAUGAAAAACAAUUUAAUCACAUAGAACAGUAAAUGUACUGUAUGAUUUCUUUAGUUGAAGUUAAAUGUUAGAUCUACUGUGGGGAAUAAUUCCCUUUAAAAUGACAGCACAGUCCACUCAAGGGAUUGCUGAGCAAGACAGUAUCUUUUUUCUUUCACUAUUUCAAGCCUAAAUUUUUAAGAUGGUUUGUCAGAGAGAACACAAAGUCCUAUCACCUAAUAUUACAUGAGUUCAUAAGCACUCAAAACUAAUUUGGUUUUGUGAUAGGUAAGUUAGUAUGACAGAAAGAGUGCUACUGCGGACAGGAGUAUUUUGCAUAUUUUCUGUCUGAAAACAUCACUCAGUUGAUAAUCUGGAAUGCAUGUUACAUUAAAAAAUGUUCCAAAAUAUUUUAUAUAAAAUAUUCUAUAUUAGUAUGCAGCAGAUCAAUCCCUAAAGUAAAUAAUUCUUCAAUAAAAUCUUUCUUUAUAAACAUUUAAGUUCAAACAAGUGAAGCCAAAAAAAUUACCAUGCUUUAUUUCUUCUUACAUGAUAUAUGUAAGUUAUGAUCAAAUGAAGACAGACACCAGUGAUGAGAAUAACUUAAGAUGUAUUAAUUAUUCAAUUACUGUGAGUAUUCAUUUUUUUCUACUUAAAGAAUUAAAACUACAUUUUUGAAGGAAAAUUCUGUGAGUCUAACUAUUAUAUUACAGGAAUAGGCUGACGGUUUUACUCUUUACCAAAGAAAGACCACAGCCUUGAAAGCCAUUUUACAGGUUUGAUGAAGUUGCCAAUUUCAGCACACCUACAUUUCUACAAAUAGUCAUCUUUUACAAAUCAUACCAACAACCCACAUGCUACUACCAAGAUUAGAUAUAAGAAAUUUUAGAGGUCACACAUAUUUAAGAUUGCUAAUAUUUUGCCCUAGAAGUGAUAACUUGAAAAUUGUGAUUUUUUUCCAAGUAAAAUUCAAAGACAAACUAUGCCAUAAAUCUACUUUAAUUUGAAAGAUGACUCAUAAAUAAGGAGGCAUAAAUAUAGUCUUCCCACAAAAUGGCAAUAAUAUGCCAUAAUGCUCUUAAAUUUACUAGUUGUAAUAAAUUUAUGACAUUUUGACUGAUAUAUUAAAAAUCGGCUUUAAAAAUAUAGUCUUUAAAUGUAUUAUUUAUUUGCUUUUAAAAAUAUUCUUUGUAAAAUUGGUGAGUAAACUAAAAAUACGUUUUUUUGUAUUGCAGCUUUAAAGUGGCACACUCCAUAAUAAUCUACUUACUAGAAAUAGUGGUGCUACCACAAAAGUGUUAACCAUCUGUACAUUGUUUGGGAGAAAGAAACAGAUCAAGAAUGCGUAUUAUACAGUGACCGUUUUCCUAGAGUUAAAAAUACCUCCUCUUUGUAAGGUUUGUAGGGUUAAUGUGAGGUAAAUUGAGGUAUAAACUAUGGAUGAACCAAAUAAUUAGUUCAAAGUGUUGUCAUGAUUCCGAAUUUGUGGAGUCUGGUGUUUUUCCCAUAGAAUGUGACAGAAGUACAGUCAUAGCUCAGUAGCUAUAUGUAUUUGCCUUUAUGUUAGAAGAGACUUUCUUGAGUGACAUUUUUAAAUAGAGGAGGUAUUCACUAUGUUUUUCUGUAUCACAGCAGCAUUCCUAGUCCUUAGGCCCCUGGACAGAGUGAAAUCAUGAGUAUUUAUGAGUUCAAUAUUGUUCAAAUAAGGCUACAGUAUUUGCUUUUUUGUGUGAAUGUAUUGCAUAUAAUGUUCAAGUAGAUGAUUUUACAUUUAUGGACAUAUGAAAUGUCUGAUUAUUCCAUUUUAUCAGUCCUGACUGUACAAGAUUGUUGCAAUUUCAGAAUAGCAGUUUUAUAAAAUUGAUUUAUCUUUCAAUCUAAAAUAAUUUCUUAAGCUAUUCCUUUCGGCAUUGUGUUUUCCACAAGUUCCAUUUGUGGGAUUCCUUUUGUUGCCCCUAAAUUUUUGUCAAAGAAAGAAGAAAGGAAAAUAAAGAGCAGUUGAGAAAAAAGAUAAAGACAGAAAAGGAGGUGAAGACAAAGGAAAUAGUAAAAAGGAAGGACAGAAAGAGGGAAAAGAGGACAGGAUGAAAGACAGGAGAAAGGAUGGAUGAGAGGGAGGCAAGAAGCAGAAUGUUAGGGUAGUUAGCUUUUUCAUUUGCAUUUUCAGUUUAAAUGCAAGUGGUGUAAUGUGUUUUACAAUGAUCUCAUUCAACACAUAAGUCCUGUUGCACCAUUAAGUUUCUAUUAUGCAACAAUUAUAUAAUGAAAAGUACUGCCCAAGUUAUAGCAUUGUGCGAUUUUUUGAGACACUAAGAAUUGAGAGAGAGAAUUUCAAACAUAAAGUCACUUUUGGGGGAUUUAUAACUUCACUGAAAAUUAAUGCUUCAUCAUAACAUUUAAGCUAUAUCUAGAAAGUAGACUGGAGAACUAAGAAAAUUACCCAGAUAAUUCAGAACAAAAAUAUAUAGAUAUAUAUAUAUAUACAUAAAUACCCCUAUGUGUGAAGUCAGAAAACUCUGAAAAGCUGAAUUAUCAAAGCCAAUCAUCUAUAUUGAUCAAAUUACUGAAAAAUUGUUAAUUUAUCCAUUGUACUUAGCUUUGUGACACAGCCAAAAGUUACCUAUUUAAUCUUUUCAAUAAAAGUUGUUUUUUGAAAUCCAGAAAUGAUUUAAAAAGAGGUCAGGUUUUUAACUAUUUAUUGAAGUAUGUGGAUGUACAGUAUUUCAAUAGAUAUGAAUAUGAAUAAAUGGUAUGCCUUAAGAUUCUUUGAAUAUGUAUUUACUUUAAAGACUGGAAAAAAUCUCUUCCUGUCUUUUAGUAAAACAUCCAUAUUUCAUAAUCUGAUGUAAAAUAUGUUGUACUGUUUCCAAUAGGUGAAUAUAAAGUCAGUUUAUCAAUUAAAUAUGUAUUUGACUCAUUUAAAAACUAUUAGUUUAAGAAAAAAAUGGAAGAAAUAAUAAUUUAAACAUGCUUCUAGUCCCGCCUUCAUUUUCUGCUUCAUUCAUUGUAUCAUAUUUCCAUCCUUCUGGUGCUGCAAAGCAAUACUGGUUGAAAAGUUUUGAUGCUAUAAUUUCAAACACCUCCACAUGGUUUUUCUGUCAAUUACUGAUUCCCAGAAGGUUUAACAAACUGCACCACAUCUAACUUAGAAAUAAUUUUUCUGGAGAUAUUUUACUAUCAAUUAUUUAGAAAUUUUAUUUGCUGAAAUGCAGCAGAGUUAGCUACAGAGACAGAUGAUAAAUUCCUGACAGUCUUACAAGUUAAGCAAAUGAAAACUCAAAUGCUUAUAGAAGCCAAAGUGUAAUUUCUUAAGAGAGCUGGGUAUAAAAUAACAGUGAGCUUAGGCAUUUUGAUACAAUUUUUUUGAAAAUAUCUUGCCUUCCAAACAAAACACGUGAUUUGGCUGAGCACCCUUAGUGUGUAAGUAUUAUAAUAUGCAAAUGGGAGUCCAUUCCAAAUGAGCCCUCUUUCUCAUAUCUGUCCAUUUAUAGUAAUCAAAUAAAUGGGAACAAUGUGAUUGAUGAAACAAUGCAACAAGCCAUGAAAAAGAUCCAUGCUUGGUUUACUAAGCUGUUUUCAAAUAUGGGUGUUACUGCUAUGCUGAGAAAACCAUACACACCAAACCUCUCCCCCUACAAGCAGUGAAAACACAUUUAAUAUGUCUGAUUUUCCUACUGCUCAUUAUUCCUUGCCCUUUCAACUUUUGUCCUGAACUCAAUUAAAUAAUAGAAACAGAAGCAUCAAGUGGCAGACCUAGAAAGCUAGCACAUGAAGUAGAGUUAGUUUUUCUUUGAAUGUAAUAGGUCAAAAUAUAAACACUUCAAAACUACAUACAGUUAUUCAGAAAAUAAUUACUCACUGUAACCAGUCAAGAAGAAAUGUAAGUAAGAUUUUAAAGAUAAAAAUUUCCUAAGAAUGAUUCAUUCACAAUAAGGGAAUUUGAGCCAGACCUGGUUGUGCAUGCCUAUAAUCCCAGUGACUCUGGAGGCUGAGGCAGGAGGAUGGCAAGUUCAAGACCACCCUCAGUAACUUAGUGAGACCUUGGCAAUUUAGCAAGACACUGCUUAAAAGUAAAUAAAUAAAAAGUACUGGGAAUGUUGCUCAGUGGGAGAGCACCCCUGGUUAUGAGCUUUAAAUGCCAAAAAGUGGGGGAGGGGAUUCGAUCCAAGCACCACAGUCUUUACACUCACUCCCACUGAAUUUCCUAAGCAAAUGCCUUCAUAAUCACAUGCACUUCUAUCAAGUGAUUUCAAACUUAGAGAAAAUAUUUAUAAAUUGAUAUCUUUAGUGGAAGGAGAACAAACCAACAAGCAAAUCAAAUAAAUACUUCCCAGCCUUCCUGGAGAGAACAAGAGACAAAUCAUUUUCACCCCGUUCUCUAGAAGCUUCAGCCACAGUCAUCCUAAGGCUAGACCAAAUUUUCCCAUAGCCUUAUGUCCAAAAGAUGUGCUCCACCUCAGAGACAGAUGGGCAACUGGAGUUACUCCGAGGGAUCACAGCUCUUGCACCUUGCAUUUUAUAAUGGCAAGACACAUUGCUGCUUUGGCUCCCAGAAUACUUCAAAAUAAGUAGAAAAUACUAUUGUCACACAUUGAUGACAAAAAUAAGAUUCAGAAAAUUUUAAUUACUUGCUGGAGAUUACACUUUUACUAAGUAGAGUACUUGAGCCAAAUGUUUAAUCCAAUCCUACCAACUGGUUUCUACCACCAUUAGCCUUCUUAGGAAUAGGAAAAGGAUAUGAUGGUGUUGCUUCUUCACAGCUCUCUGUAUAUUUAUAUUUGGAAUGUGGAAUUGGAAUAUGGAAGCACAUAACAUGUUUGAUUUCCACAAGAUUAAUAAUUGUUAAUUUUCGAGAAAAUCUUGCAGAACAUGAAUACUACAAAAAUAAAUGUAGAGGUUAAGUCUUUACACUCUAUUUUGGAAUAUAUAGUAAAUCAGAUAUGGGUGAAAUUCAAGGCAUGGUUCAUUCUGAGGCAAAUUACUCUCCAGCUGUGAAACUGUGAAAUCAAAUAUGUUAUGAGCUUCCAUAUUCUAAUGCCUUCAGAGGGUAUGAGGUUUAAAGGCAAAUCGGAUUGCACAUCUCAUCUAAAACUUUCAGAGUAUGGAAUGUACAAUGCAAUUGGCUUCUGACACAAAGCUCUUAGUUGUAUUAGACUUUUCAUACCAAAUGGAGAAUCUUGUCAUAAUCACACAUAUCUUCUUUCUAUAUAGCAUUUUACAAAAGACCUACCAGGUUUUGGAUAAUCCAUUAAGACUAUUACUCCAUUGACAGAAUUGACAGAAUUGUUGGGGAAAUAUAACUCAGAAUACACAUAUACAUUUUUUUGAAUUCCUAAUAUAAUACUGGUUUUUAAUCUUACGAACGUUGCCAAUUUAUAUCAAAAUACUAAUUAUAUAUACAUCUGUUUGUGUUGAGUCUAACAAGAAGGCAAUCCUAAUUCUAGAAACUAAAUUAUAUGCAAUCAAGAAAUACAUUUUUUUUGUUAAAAUAUAAAUAUAUUGCAAAUCCUAUAGUCAUCACCUUUUAGUUUGAAGAAUGUGGAAAUCAUGACUUACAUAUCCUUAUAAAAUGGGUACAUUAAUUCAUUAAUGAAAGAGUUAAUGUAAGAUGUUACAAAUCAGGACAAUUUAAGAGCACAUGCAUUUAUAGAUCAAGAAUAAUAAAAUUAACAUGCAAAGGAAGCAAAAUUAACUUCUUCCAGAAUAAAGAAGUCAGUUGAAUCUUUGCACAAAAGAAUUUAUUUCCAUAUCUAUAGAAAAGAAAUAUUUUGUCUUAGUGUCACUUAUCUACAAGUUGAAAAGAGGUGAAAUGCAAUUGAAAGUACAGAGCCCCAUAAAAUCAGAACCAGGUAACCUGAAAUGGUGUCUCUACAUAAUGUAUGUUUUUUCAUUGCAGCAGAAAUUUUUCCUGGGGCUGAGGAUGUAGCUCAAGGGUAGAGGUGCCUGCAUAGAGUUCAAUCUUCAGUACUGGGGGAAAAAAAUUCCCCUAAAAUGAUGAUAUAUAAAAAUUUUGAGGGCAGUUAGAUUAAACAAAUUGCUAUUAUUUUGAGCAUCCUUAAUACAUUAUCUACUUCAAUGAAGAAAGUUCCCAAUAAAUCUACAUAUCUAAUAUUACAUAUUCUUUCUCUUCUAAUUAUUCAUUUCCCCCCUUCUUCUCACAAACAAUCACUUCAUAGUCUGGGACAUGUAGAAAUGAACCAUUAUAAUAAGUAUCUCACUUCAAGAUACUCUGUUGAAAAACUAACAUAUUUGGGACACUUAUUACAAGAAAUAACUUUGCAAUAUAAAAGGCAUUUUGUAUUAAUAAGAAAAAUGAAUUAACAAUUGAGAUAGUAACAUUUUAUCAACCACAUACAAUGACAAUGGUCAGAAAUUUGCAAGAAGCCAUUGCAAGAGCUGAGUGGUCUGCUUCCACUUAAUUCUAAUCAGCCCAAUCCUAGUGCAAAUUUUGGUUUGGCAGGAACUACAGGAGGUGGAGUGGUUCAUUAGGCUUUCAAAGAUUUAAAAUGUUAAAGGGGGUGGUUUUCCUUCUUAUUUCAAGUGAAUUCUAAAAGCAUUGGAAUGUUUUGGGGUGGAAAUUUGAAUUUGCUAAUUUCUUCAUUAAUUUUGAUAUUUUUACUUUAAAAAAAGUUAACUUUAAACUAAACCACAGUUGACUUAUACCUCCUGCAGUUUUGAAUUGUGCUUUUAAACAGGUACUCAAAGCACAUGGAAUUCCCUGAGAAAAGUUGGGGUACAAGUAUUUUAAAAAGGACUUAUAAAAUAUUCCUUGAAGACUAUAAUAUGUUAACAAUAAAUAAAAAAUGUUUCUUGAUUGUUCUGAAACAUUGAAUAGUACCCAUAGAACUCUUACAUAGUGCCUAAGUAGUUUCAUCAAUAUGGAUGGGGAUUACCCAAAAACUUGACAUCCCCCUACCAUGCAUUUGACAAGUGACCUGGCAAAAAUGUGGUCAACAGCUCAUUUUUGACAUACUCCUUAAGAAAUUGUUGCCAGAGAUUUGAAACUGCUUCAAGCUGAUAUCUUUUUCGAAACAAAACACAUACUCAGACGCAAACACAGAAUUGCAUUGCUAUCAGUGAUCUGGAAAAUAAGCUUGCAAGCUGUCCAUGUGGUAUUCUGGAUAAUUUAAAGGAAAAAAAAAAAAAAAAAGGAGAAAAAGUGACAACAGUACAACCACA